CUCCGGGUCUGCGAGCGAGCCUGAGGAGCCGCUCGCGGCGCGCGGGGUCGCAUCCUGAUGAAGAAGUCUAAUGACAAGCUGUCCCCGCCCAAGUUGAUCGAAAAGAAGCGGGCAAAGGCAGCCGAACAGCCCACUCCCCCCAUUCAGGAAGAGCCUGAGCCUGUCAGCAAUGUCUUACAAGGAGAUGACAUUCUUGCCUUGGCCAUUAAGAAGGAAGACUUGAAGAAGCAACACAUUCCUCGGUUUGCAGAAAUAGAAGGGAAGCCUGUCAUUACGCAGAAAUUUAUCAUCCGUAAGCUCAAACCGAAGGAUCCUAGCCGGAAGGUCUACCACUUGGUGGCACACCCCGCUCAUCCUGAUGCCGCCACAAAGCCCCUGGACUACUCUGGUCCGGGCGACAACUACUUAAGCAGUGACCGGAUCCUGCCUCACCAGAUCUUGGGAAGUCUUCAGGACUUUAAAAGAAUCGCAGUUGCUCGAGGGAACACCCAGCUGGCUAAGCUGAUCCACACCCAGCCCUGUUUGAUGACCCUCAUCUCAGCUAAAGAAGAGCCGAAGCCAAAGGCCCCAAAGGAAGAGAAGAGACCUCCAUGGGCUCCACGUCUUCAGCACAACUUCCUAAAGAACUGGCGACGGCACAUUGCCUUGUGGAAGAAGCAACAGCAAGUCCUUAGUGAGCAUCUGAAGAAGCCCACGAGUGAGCUGCUGAUGCACACUGGGGAGAGCUACAGAAGGAUUCAGGAGGAGAGGGAGCUCAUUGACCGUGCACUUCCAACCCAGCAUGACAGAAAAGGUUUCAAGGCAGCCAAUUGGUUCUGGAGUCCAUUGGAGUACCUGGGAGAUGAGGUGACAGGUCUUCUCAUGACUAAAACAAAAACCCAGCGUGGCCUGGUGGAACCCAUCACACACAUCAGGAAGCCCCACUCCAUCCAAGUGGAGACUGGAUUACCAGCGCAGAAGGAUGCUUGGUACCGUUACACCUGGGACCGGAGUCUGUUUCUGGUCUACCGACGCAAGGAGCUACAGAACAUCAUGGCAGAUCUGGAUUUUAGCCAGCAGGAUAUCGAUGGCCUGGAGGUGGUGGGCCGUGGGAAGCCCUUCUCAUCUGUCACAGCGGAAGAGCACUCACCAUGUGAGAAGAGCCUGAAGAGUUCCUCCGAAGACACUGUGCUCCUAGACUCACUGACCAACUUCUCUGACAUGGUCUCCAUGCCGAUUCUCGGCCCUUCCCUGCUCUUCUGUGGGAAGCCAGCUUGCUGGAUCAGAGGCAGUAACCCAGAUGACAAGAAAAACAUUGGAAUCGCUGUCCGCCUGACAUUUGAGACCCUUGAAGGGGAGAAAACGUCUUCAGAACUGACUGUGGUCAAUAACGGCACUGUGGCCAUUUGGUAUGACUGGCGACGGCGGCCCAGUACAGAUUUUUUCCAAGACCUAAAGAGAAACAGGACCCAGAGAUUUUACUUUAACAACCGGGAAGGUGUGAUCCGGCCUGGGGAAACCAAACACUUUACCUUCUUCUUCAAGUCUCUGAAUGCUGGCAUAUUCAGGGAAUCUUGGGAAUUUGGGACUCAUCCUACCCUCCUGGGAGGUGCUGUCCUUCAGGUCACUCUCCACGCUAUCUCACUGACCCAGGACCUUUUUAUGGAGGAGAGGAAGUUGUUGGAGAGUAAGCUGGCUGCCCACGAGGCUGUCACCAUCGCACAGAACGUGCUGCAGGAGUUACUGAGGGGCAUCUCGACUCCAGAGCGUGCGCCAUCCCCCGUGGAUGCCUACCUCACCGAAGAAGACUUGUUCCACUACAGAAACCCUCGGUUGCAUUACCAGCAUCAGGUGAUCCAAGACCUGCAGGAGCUGUGGCAGCAGUACUCCAGCCUGCCCCUGAAGACUGAGGAGGCCGGGGCGGGUCAGGAGGAUCCCCUCAGUUCCAGAGUGCGCCCUGCUCCGAUGCCGUUAGUGUUUGUGGAGAAGUCUCAGGGAGACCCCCAUCACCUGGUGAGCAGCAGGAGCCCAGUAAUGGAGGCCCCUCAGCUGCUCUCGAGGCAGGAGAUGGAUAGCCUCAGAGAACUCCGAGAGCCCUUCCUCUCUCAGAAGACUGGCACCAAGAGUUUUCCACGGAAAAGCAUCAUGGAGGAGAUUCUUGUGGAGGAGAGCCCUGACAUGGAGCCUACCAGGAGCCCAUGGGAGCUGGAAAGCCUUCCCCUGCCCAAGUGGAACCUGUGCCUGGAGGACUUCAGAAAGGCAGUGCUGACCUUCCCUGAGGAGGCCCAGAGAGAGGCUGGCCUCAUCCGGCUCAACACGGCAGCUGUGGAGCUAUGCCAGGAGCAGAAGCCAUUGCAGUCUGACAUCCUGCACCAGAUGUGUUUGCAGCUGUGGCGAGAUGUGAUUGACAGCCUGGUAAGCCAGUCGCUAUGGCUAAGGACUCUUUUGGGCCUGCCUGAGAAGGAGACAGUUUAUUUGGAUGUCCCAGAAGAGCAAGGUCAUAAGUCCCCUCCAGUCAUAGAAGCAAAGGUGGCAGUCGGUAAAGUUGGGAAGGAGGAGCAGAAAGGGGCAGCCCAGGAGAAGAAGGUACCAGGUAUCAGAGACAAAGAGGAAAAAAAGGGGGCCAAGACGCCAGGGAAAGAGGACCGCCUGAACAGCAAGAAACAGAAGACGAAGGAUGACAAGAAAGUGGUGAAGUCUGCAAGCCGGGACAGGCUCUCCUCAGAAGAUCCGACCAUUGACAGCACGGUCCCUUCCCAGGAGCCCAUAGACCCCUUGGUCAUGGAGAAAUAUACCCAGAGGUUGCACACUGAGGUCUACGGGCUGUUGGAUACCCUGAUUACUGACAUGAUGGUCCUAGCGGAUGAGCUCAGCCCCCUAAAGAGUGUUGAAGAGCCUUUGCGUUUUUGCAGCUGACUCUUGGGCCCACGCUGCCUCCUGGGAAAAG